AUGAGCUCCUCCGUCUCCACCGCAUCUAGUCUCUUUGCCGGUCCGGAUGUCACCCUCGUUCAUGAUUUCAACAUCCACGAGCGCGUCCCGGUGGUUCUUGAUCAAUCCACCGCCUCCUACUCCACUUGGAGGCAGUAUUUCUCCUUGGUGUUUCGCGAGUACUUGCUCCAUGGCCAUGUUGAUGGCACCGUGGACUCCAGCCUCAUGGUGAACGACGAGGAGUGGAUGAUCCUCGACACCACCAUUAUCCGCUGGUUCUACCUCACCAUCUCCAAGGACCUCUUCCACACUGUGGAGGACGACGACGAUGCGUACGCCGUCUGGACCAAGCUCAACGGCCUCUUCACCGACAACAAGCUCCAGCGCCAGGUCCUCCUCCAUGGCGAGUUUUAUGGGUGGCAGCAGCUUGACUCAUCCACUGACGAUUUUUGCAUGCGCCUCAAAAAGCUCGCCGAUGAGCUCCGUGAUCUCGGCGAGACGGCCGGCGACGAGCUCCUCAUCAGCACCCUCACCGCCGGUCUCAACGAGGACUUUGGGAACGUCGCCUCCAACCUUACUCUCAUCCCGGAGCCGACCUUCGCCAAAGUUGUGGCGUACCUCAAACUGGAGGAGAGGCGGAUGAAGAUGGUGCGGACCCGGGCCACGCACACCGCCCUCACCACUGGCACCCAUAGGGGCCCGGUGCCGCCUCAGCCGCUGAUGCGAAAUGCUACUUGGCAUGGUUUUUAA